GCGCAUGCGCACCUCGAAGCUUUCCUCUCCUCCUGCCUCUCCUGUGACUGUCCGUCAGUGACCUCAGUUUCUGCAGCAGCACACAACUUACACACAGAGACACAAGCUCGAGCACUCACACCGGGGAACACCGCACGAGGAGGAGAAGAUGGCCGGUAUUUUCGGGAAGAUCUUCGUGGGAAUUUACGUGGAGAUAAAACGGAGCGACGGACGGAUACACCAGGCCAUGGUCACGUCCCUGCACGAGGACAACGAGAGUGUGACAGUGGAGUGGAUCGAGAAUGGGGACACAAAAGGGAAAGAGAUUGAUCUGGAGAGCGUUUUUGCUCUGAAUCCAGACAUUGUUCCUGAUGAAGAGAUUCCACAAAGUCCUGAGGCUCCUCUUCCUCCCUCCAAUGUCACCAAAACCAGCAAACUCCCAAAGACCAAACGGAUUACAGCUAUACCCAAACCUGAGAAUGCUCCUCGGGAGAAUAGAGCUGCAGCAGUGGGAACCACCCGGGCUCGUCCCAGUCAGCACAGCCAACCUGCAGAGCCCCCCCCUCCUGCAAUCCCUGCCCAGUCCGCUGCACUCAACCAGACCCUGGCCCAGCAACAGAAUGCACGGCGGAAAUCAAACUGUGUGAAGGAAGUGGAGAAACUGCAGGAGAAACGUGAGAAGAGGCGACUUCAGCAACAAGAACUUAGAGAGAAGAGGGCACAAGAGGUGGAUGUUCAGCUACCAAACUAUGAAAUCAUGUGUAUGAUCAGAGACUUCAGGGCCAGUCUGGACUAUCGGCCUCUAACCAGUAACGAUCUGAUUGAGGAGCACAGGAUAUGUGUGUGUGUGCCACGCCCCCUUAAUAAAAAAGAGUUGUCAGUGAAGGAUUUGGAUGUGAUCACCAUUCCCAGUAAGGACGUCGUGAUGGUUCAUGAGCCCAAACAAAAAGUCGACUUGACGCGCUACCUGGAGAACCAAACUUUCCGCUUCGACUACGCCUUCGAUGAGAACUCGACCAAUGAAAUGGUUUACAGGUUCACUGCUCAGCCGCUGGUUGAGACCAUUUUUGAGCGGGGAAUGGCGACCUGCUUUGCAUACGGACAAACUGGAAGUGGGAAAACACAUACAAUGGGAGGGGACUUUUCUGGAAAGAACCAGGACUGCUCUAAAGGGAUCUAUGCACUGUCUGCCAGAGAUGUUUUUCUCAUGAUAAAGAAGCCAAUUUACAAGAAGCUGGAUCUCCAAAUCUAUGCCACAUUUUUUGAGAUUUACAGUGGAAAGGUGUUCGACCUUCUUAACCGUAAAACCAAGUUACGGGUGCUGGAGGACGGGAAGCAGCAGGUUCAGGUGGUCGGGCUGCAGGAGAGGGAGGUGAAAUGCACAGAGGAUGUCCUUAAACUCAUUGAAGUGGGCAACAGCUGCAGGACUUCUGGUCAAACCUCAGCGAACGCUCACUCCUCUCGGAGCCACGCCGUCUUCCAGAUCAUCCUGCGUCGACGGGGGAAGAUGCACGGAAAGUUCUCCCUCAUCGACCUUGCGGGGAACGAGAGAGGAGCGGACACAUCUAGCGCUGACCGUCAGACUCGCCUAGAAGGAGCUGAGAUCAACAAAAGUCUGCUGGCACUAAAGGAGUGUAUUCGGGCCCUUGGGAGAAACAAACCUCAUACCCCGUUUAGAGCCAGCAAGUUAACCCAGGUGCUAAGGGACUCGUUCAUCGGAGAAAACUCCAGAACUUGCAUGAUUGCAACAAUCUCUCCUGGAAUGGCUUCAUGUGAAAACACCCUGAACACGCUGAGAUAUGCCAACAGGGUGAAGGAGCUGACGGUGGACCCUACAGCAGCAAUGGACAUCCGUCAGGGAGGACACAUCGACCAGCUGGAGGUGCUGGAGGCUCAGUGGGGUGUCGGAAGUUCUCCUCAGAGGGACGACCUGAAGCUGCUCUGUGAACAAAACGAGGAAGAGGUUUCCCCACAGCUCUUCACUUUCCAUGAGGCAGUCUCUCAGCUGGUGGAGAUGGAGGAGCAGGUUCUGGAGGACCACAGGGCGGUGUUUCAGGAGUCAAUCCGCUGGCUUGAAGACGAGAAGGUUCUCCUGGAAAUGACGGAGGAGGUGGACUAUGAUGUCGAGUCAUUUGCAACUCAAUUAGAACAAAUCCUGGACCAGAAGAUCGACAUUCUCACUGAGCUAAGAGAUAAAGUCAAGUCUUUCCGCUCUGCACUGCAGGAAGAGGAGCAAGCUAGCCAACAGAUAACCCCGAAGAGGCCUCGAGCACUAUAGACACACACACAUGAAUAUCUGUUGUCUCACUGUAAUAUUGACUGGAGAAAGGUCACUGAUGACGAAAGAGCUGAAAGAAAGAGCUCGCCUGUGAUUUUAUGACUUACUGUCUUCUCUGUUCGUUUGGUCUCUCUCCCACCUUCUUUUUGCUGUACAGGCUGACAUCGCUUCCCAUCAUGCAUCCGUCCACUCGUUAAACCAAAGAGCAGACCGUCUUUGCUCUUCAUCCUCCUGUGAAGUCUAUUUUCAAGGUUUUGUAUGUGUGAUGAGUCACAAGUGCUUAAUUUUAAACAAAAAAAAAAGUUGAUAUUUAUUUGUUUGAAAUACAUUUUUAUAGAGUCAAAUCAGCUUAUCCUCACUUUGGCCAAUUUUAUAAACAACUUUUGCCAUUUUGUGCAAUAUUUGAAACGAUUUUCCUCCUGUUCUUCCCUUUGUUCCAGCGAAGGGGGAACAAACAUAUCAAGUUUGUGUGUAAAAUAAGCCACUGUGUGUUUUUGUUGAUACUGUAUGUAAUAUAUAUUGUAUGUUUGAUCAAGAGGAGGGUCUAAAAGACAAAACUAAUCAUGCAUUACAUGAAGUGACCUGCUGUGGGCACAAUAAUCAAAAGUAGACAACUGAAUUCAACUGUUGCAGAUCCAUUCAUUUGCCAAAAAUAAAGCAAAGAUACUUCUUGUUG